AUGGGUGCUUGUACCUUCCUGGCUUGCUGCGCAGCUGUUGUCGUCUCGUCGCGCGGUCUCUUCCCGUCUCUCUCCUUCUUUUGCGCGGUCCUGGGCUGUCUGCGUAAUUUAUUCUUCCUUCUGCGUGUAGGUGUGCCUAGUAAAGUUUCCUUCUCUUUCGGAAUUUCCUGCCUUUUGCCUGCCACCUCUCACUUCUUCUCUGUCCAUUGA